AUCGUCAUUUCAUCAUUGAUUGAAGAUCGUGUUUUUUGGACAUCACACAUUGAUCGUUCUAUUGAUCCACUGAAAAGCUAUGAUAAUGAAAUUGAUCAAUGGAUUGAUCGGCUAUCUGAAUCUCGAUUCAUUCAAAUUGAAUAUGGUUGUGGUCGGAUGCAAAAUCGAAUGUUAAUCACUGAUAGUGGUGAAAAAAUCUGUGCACGUUAUCGUCGUAAUAAUGAACAAAUUUUAGGUGAAUAUUAUUCAUUUUUAUUGGCACGUAUUCUACAAAUUUCGAAUGUAAUACCAACAACUUUGAUCACAUUCAAUGACAAUGAUGAUAAUAAUCAAUCAAAAGUGAAUUUUAAUCGUUGGAAAUCAGUAGCAAAAAUUCUACAUGAUCAAGCACGAUGGGAGACAAAUAAAACAAUUGUAUUGACUAAAUAUUUAGUUGAUCUAAAACCAACAUUAAUUCCAUUACAAUUUCGUUCAAAACCAAAACGUUUAUAUCCAGUUCCGGAAGAUUUGAAUUUAACAUCUAAUCAACAAAUUCAUGAACUAGUCCAAUGGUCUGAUUUGAUUAUAUUGGAUUAUUUGACUGGUAAUACUGAUCGUAUGAUCAACAAUAUGAUCAAUGAAAAUUGGAAUCCACAAAUGAUGGAGAAUCCAGUUCAUAAUUUAUUGCAACAAAAUUUCAAUGAUCAUAAACUUGUAUUCAUUGACAAUGAAUCUGGCCUAUUCCAUGGAUAUCGAUUGUUAAAACGAUAUGAACAUCUACAUCGAUCAUUACUCGAUGGUCUUUGUGUGUUUCGACGUCAAACGAUAUUGAAUUUGAAGAAAAUUUCAACAAUGAAACCGAAUCAAUUUGCUAAAUUAUUACAAAAUUAUUUUGAUCGUUUUGCCAUUGAACCGAUUAAAAAUUCUAACCAUUUGAUGCCUGUUAAAAAUUUCAACAUACUUCGACAACGAAUACGACAGAUAUUGAAACAGGUCGAUAUUUGUCGACAAAAAUUUUCUUUAUGGUCUCAUCAUCACUCAUUAUAAUUAUAUAUAAUAGUCCAAAUUCUUAUUGUUAUAUUGAAUCAUUAUAGUUUGUAAAAUAAAAAAAAACAUUUUUUAAUUGAAUUUUGUUUGUUUGUUUGUUU